UGGAAUUUGGAUGUUGUUAUAAAGUGAUUGGGCAUUUAUAGAGAUGGCUCAAACCGCGCGCUUUUGAACUGACGACACUGCCUCGGUUGCUAUAUUAUAUGUGAUUAUCCGCGAUAUUCUGUAACGUGUUGAAAGCUCUGUACCAAUUAUUGUCGCGCCAUUUCUCUCCUUUUCAUUCGUCUUCAAGCUCCAUAGCUACGUUUUUCCUUCGCCGUCUUCUCAUCUUCCUGCUCUCUUCAGAUAUAUGGACUCUGCAGGAGGUUUGAGUUUGUAUCCCUCGCACCGUUGUAAAACUAUUCAUCUGGUGAGACAUGCACAAGGAACUCAUAAUGUUGCAACGGAAAAGGAUCGCAGUUUGCUUCAAUCUUAUGAUUAUUUUGAUGCUCAACUUUCCCCUUUAGGAUGGCAACAGGUUGAUAAUCUGCGGAAGCAUGUGCAAUCAUGUGGAAUUUCAAAGACAAUUGAGUUAGUCAUCGUCUCCCCCUUGUUAAGGACUAUGCAAACAGCAGUUGGAACCUUUGGUGGGGAUGAGUACAAAGAUGGUAUAAAUGUUCCUCCGUUAAUGGUAGCAAAUGCGGGGGGCAGCAACCAUCCUGCAAUUUCAAGUCUUAACUGCCCGCCAUUUUUAGCAGUAGAGCUUUGUAGGGAACGUUUGGGUGUUCAUCCAUGUGAUAAGAGGAGAAGCAUUAGCGAGUAUCGGCCUCUUUUCCCUGCAAUUGAUUUUUCAUUGAUUGAACAUGAUAAUGAUAUCCUGUGGACACCGGACAAGAGAGAGACGAAUGACCAGAUUGUAGCAAGAGGACUGAAGUUUCUGAAUUGGCUGUGGACUCGGAAGGAGAAAGAGAUUGCAAUUGUCACCCACAGUGCAUUCUUAUUUGAGCUCCUGAAAUGUUUUGGAAAUGACUGCCAUCCAUCUAUAAAGAACGAAAUCUGCAAAUAUUUUACGAACUGCGAGCUUCGAUCCAUGGUUAUUGUUGACAAGAGUAUGACAGGAUCAGAUAUCUCAAGGACUAAUUACCCCGGCAAAAUUCCUCAAGGUCUUGAUCUCCCUAGUGACGUUGCCACUGAGAAGCAACCGGAGAAAGUAGUUACAAGUGAUGUUGAAGCUUGAAGAAGAUAAAAGCUUGUGCUGCUCAUUCUCUCUCCAUGGGAACACGAGAAAUGUCGUCUUCAUCGUUAAAUCUUGAAUCAAUUCUAUCAGUUAGGUUCUUAGUUCAUUUCACUUUUUGGGGUUUUUUUUUUCACUUCAAAAUUCAGUUAGGCAUGAAUUAGGUCAGUCCAAGCCUGCAAUUUGUCAAUGAGGAGCUUUAUACUCAGAUUGUCGUGGCUUCUUGUCUCCAAGGUACAUUUUUCUGUCCAUAUUUCGUUUGUUGUGGGUACAUGUACUCUUAAUUUGAUUUUAAGUUAAUAAAAUUUAUGUCUUCCAUGUGUUCCA